CAUCACGGAGGAGGCUGACGUUUCGCGAGAAACAGAAACUUCACGCAGACACACCAGUGAGCUGUAUUGCAGUGAAAAACGGAAAUGCAUUUUAUACUAUCUAUUUAGCGCUCAAUUUUCUUAAUUUUCAUGUCAUGUCGAGAAGCAGUUUUGAUUGGUGAUGGAAUCGAUAAACUACAUAGCUAAGCUGAACGAAUAUGCACACAAGACACACCUGAUGGUGAACUACGAGGACGUUGGAUCUGUUGGCCCGGACCACAUUAAAACGUUUACUAUACGAGCCAUCGUCGAUGGAAAGGCCUAUCCUGAUGGUGUUGGGAAGAACAAGAAAGAGGCGAAACAGAAAGCUGCUCAAAAUGCCUGGAGAUGCUUGUCUGAGGAGCCGCUGGACCCUGCUGAAAACGUAGAAGAAACCCCUACUGUUCAGUUGCAGCUUAAAGGUAUCAACUAUACCAGCUGGCUCAAUGAAUACGGCCAAAAACACAAAUUGUCUAUAAGACCCGUGGAGACGACCAGGCUCGGGACUUCUCUUGCAACUCAAUGCUGUAGGUUUCUGGUUGGGGAUAAGGAGUAUCCACCUGCCGCAGGGAAGACGAAAAAGGAAGCUAAGGAGGAAGCUGCAAAGCUGGUAUAUCAAGAGCUAUUUGGGAGUGAAACUACAGAUGUAAGAACUGAUAUUGGAGAUGGGAAAGUCAGUACCACACCGAGUCAACACAAGGACGAGUCAUAUAAAAUAGUGCCAGAUGUCUGUAAUCAACCAAAGAUGUUGACCACCAAGACCGAAGACGUCAGCUUUCCAGACGCUAAUUUUAUCGGGCUCAUUAACAGCUACUGUCAGAAAACAAAGCAGCGAUCUUCAUUUCUUGAAGAGAAGAAAUGUGGCCCUUCUCAUAGUCCAACAUUUUUCUACAAAGUACUAAUCGACGAUAAGGAAUACCCGGUAUGUGAGGGGAAGAGCGUCAAGGAAGCCAAGCAGAAGGCUGCUCAGAUGGCCUGGUCCGCACUGAAAGAGCAGUCGGACUGGGACAGCAAGGUGGCUUUAUCUGGUGAUGGUUCCUGCGUCAACCAAUCCCCACCAACAAGUAAACAGGAUUCUGGUCUUGCAAAUUCAGCUAGCAUGACAUCACCCAAACAAGACUCACAAGUUUUCACUAACUCAUCACAUCCUCAGAAAGAUCAGGCUCAAAGUCCUGAUGUGAAACCCAAAAUAAAGAUUGCAGCGAAUUUCCAAAAUGCUUUAAAUCAGAGUAAAGAGUAUGUGAUUAAUUUCGAAGUCAAGAAGAAAGAACUUACUCAGACGGCAAAAACCCCCACCCCCUCAACGUUCUCAAGGUUCCUGUCGGACUAUGACUCUAUAGAACGCCUUGAUAAGGGAUCGUUUGGGCGUGUUUUCAAGGCAAGACAAAAACUGGAGGAAAAGUAUUAUGCUGUGAAGGUGGUACGCUGCAAAGAAAAAGCCCUGCAUGAGGUGAAGGUACUCUCAGACCUCAAUCACUGUAACAUUGUUCGAUACCAUUCAUGUUGGAUAGAAGACACACAAUACCAGUGGGACAGUUCAGCCGACAGCAGCAGCGCCUCACAGUCUUCCACCGAUUCAUCAGUGAAGUAUCUUUACAUUCAGAUGGAGUUAUGCAACAAUAAAACACUAAGAGUGUGGAUAGAUGAGAAGAAUAUUCAGAACAUGAAGAAAUCCCUGCGAGACUCCAAGAGGCAGCAAGAAAGUCUCAGCAUCACCCUGCAAAUAGUUAGUGGAGUUGAGUACAUUCACUCCAAGAUGCUCAUCCACAGAGACCUGAAGCCUGCCAACAUCAUGUUCGGUCGGACUGGAGCAGUGAAGAUCGGAGACUUCGGGCUAGUCACCGCGGAGAUUGAAGAUGAUGCUGAGAACCUGAAAGAGAGAAGUUGGUACAAAGGAACUCCGUCUUACAUGGCUCCCGAGCAGAGGAACAGAAUCCCUUAUGAUCGAAAAGUGGACAUAUUUUCUUUGGGGCUCAUUUAUUUUGAACUGCUUUGGAAGAUCGAUCUUGAUGAAAAGACCACGGUCUGGAACAAUGCUAGAGACCGGAACUUGCCUCAAGCAUUUUCUCAUCACUUUCACAGCGAGAGCCAACUGAUAAAGUCGAUGCUGUGUGCUAAUCCAGAAGACAGACCAGAAGCAUGUAAAUUAAAGCUGGAGCUGGAAGUCUGGGAACGUUCAUUUGCGAAGUUUAAAACUAUGCAACCAUCACACCAUCCCAUGGGACUUUUAUGAAAGUGCUUUCAUGGACCGGUAUGAAAGAAUGGGUCAUAAUUAUUUACUAUCAGGUCUGGUACUGUGCUUGAUGGGGAAACAAAAACUGCAAUAUCACCUAAUUUAUCAUCAGUGAAUGCUUAACUACAUUACUUUUAUCAAAUCCAUCAUGUCCUCUUUACUGGGUAAUGUGUUUAAUAUGAUGUUACAGUAACAUGAAUUUUCUUUUAUAAUAAAUGCAAAGUUAAAGAAUAAAAAAAAUGAAA